AACUAUGGCUCGUCGUAAUGUUCUCAACCGUCAGCCUACUCCGUCUCCACCUCCGUCUCCACCUCCGUCUCCAUCCCCAUCUCCACCUCACCAGCAGGCUUCCAAUCCGGCUGGGGCUCAUCUCAACAUUGUGAUUCAGUUUCGCCAGUUGACCCCACCGACUUUCGCCGGGGUCGAAGGGCCCGAUGCAGUGGCAGAGUGGAUCCGUCA